AAUCAGCCCAUCUAAAGGUUAAUUAAAUCUCCCAAGCCUAAAGCAACGUUAGUCCCAAAACGCCUUGCCCCACACCGCACGAAAUCCCGCACGAAGCGUUGAGCACAAUACAAAGCAACCACCGCGACCGACCGUGAUAGAUAGAAAGAAGCAACCACCAUGACUGGUUGUGAUUUUUGCCCCACACCGCACGAAAUCCCGCACGAAGCGUUGAGCACAAUACAAAGCAACCACCGCGACCGACCGUGAUAGAUAGAAAGAAGCAACCACCAUGACUGGUUGUGAUUUCAAUAGAAGAAAAUCCGUGGAAGAGGAAAAGGCAAGGGGAUAUGUGGGUAUUUUACUUGAUCUCGCUGCCUUUAACCUUAGGGAUGGUUAUUCUCACCUUGAGGUACUUCGUUGGCCCGGAUGUCCCUCGUUACGUCCUCUUCACCGUCGAAUACGCUUGGUUCUGUUCUCUUUCCAUUAUCAUCCUCGUCCCCGCGGAUAUCUGAACGACGAUAUCGAACCCAGAUAAUGAUAUUGAAAAUGGAGGAAUCUCGUUUUUUUAGAGUUGGUCUUAUUGGGGUACUUUUCUCCUUACAUGGUACGUUGUGGUGCCCCUUAUUCAGGGUUUUGAAGAUGCUGGAGACUUCUCUGUGACUGAAAGAUUGAAGACUAGUGUGCGUGUCAAUUUAGUCUUCUAUUCAGUCGUGGGUUCUAUUGGCCUUGUAGGACUUAUUCUCCUCAUCUUGAUGAAUAGGAACUGGUUCGCUUUUUAUGUUGACGGGAGUGUUGGGAUCCUUGGUUUAGCAAUGGCUUUGUCGAAUACUUUUGGGCUUGUUAUAGGUGCAUUUCUUCUUGGUUUUGGUUUUAGUGAAGUUCCAAAGACCCUUUGGAGAAAGGCAGAUUGGACCAUCUGGCAAAAAGUUCUUUCUCAUAAAAUUGCUAAAAUGACUGUGAAGCUUGAUGAAACUCAUCAAGAACUUUCAAAUGCUAUUGUGGUUGCCCAAGCAACAUCCAAUCAGAUGUCCAAGCGUGAUCCUUUGAGACCAUACAUGGAUGUUAUUGAUAAUAUGUUAGCUCAAAUGUUUAGGGAAGACCUGUCUUUUAAGCCACAAGGUGGUCUGCUAGGAGAAAACGAUAUGGACUAUGAUUCAGAUGAGAAAUCUAUGGCAACACUCAGGCGUCAUCUUCGGCUAGCUCGAGAAGAGUAUUAUUGGUAUAAAAGUGAGUACAUGACUUAUGUUAUAGAGGCCCUUCAGCUUGAAGAUACAGUAAAAAACUACGAACGUCGCAAUUCAACUGGAUGGAAAUAUGUUUCAAGUUUCACAUCUGGUCGCUUUGGGAAAAUGGGAAUGCUCUUGGAUAAAAUGGAAUUUAUUUGGCUAUGCAUCCUAAGGAAACAACUAAGGAAGGUCUUGGCUAUUGUACUUGGAAACAUGUCUGCAACGAUUCUCCUAGCUGAGGCUACACUUUUACACCUAUCUAUUUUCUCUAUCCUUAUAUAUUCAGUAAAGAAGCAGGAGGUGCUUGUACAAGUCUUUUGUUUUAUACCUCUGAUGUAUAUCUGCAUCUACACAUAUUACUCUUUAUUCGAGAUAGGAAUGUUAAUGUUUUACUCAUUAACACCAUGGCGGACUAGCUCAGUCAGCUUGCUCAUGAUAUGUUCGAUGGUUGCUCGAUAUGCUCCUCCGAUUUCAUACAACUUUCUCAAUCUUAUUAACUGUGGUGGUAAAAAAACCAUAUUCGAGAAGGUAAUUCUCCUAUACUUGAUAGUUAUAUUUGAACUUCUUGUUACAGCGAUGGGGAACAUUGACGAUGCUGUCCCUUUUUUUGGAGAAGGAUUCAACCAUAUUUAUCCACUUAUCAUGGUUGUAUAUACUUUGUUAGUUGCUAGCAAUUUCUUUGAUCGUGUAGUUGGUUUUUUUGGGAAUUGGAAGAGACUGCGAUUUCAAACUGACGCUGAUGAUAUGGAUGGAUUUGAUUCCUCGGGAUUAAUUAUCCUACAAAAGGAACGAUCUUGGCUCGAACAAGGAUGCAAGGUUGGUGAACAAGUUAUCCCAUUGGCAAGGAAUUUCAAUGGUGCUGAUAUCGAGUCUGGAUAUGACAUUUGUGAUUCAAAGUGAACUGCUCAGGAUUCUACGGUUGUUGAAAUGAAGGCAACAACUUCAGCCACCAAUGGUGUGAAGGGAUCUCCGUUAAGAACUUCGAAAGAAGAGACCCAUAAAUAUGGCACAAGCAGAGAAGCCAUCAGCCAUAAGUAUACUGUGAUGAUAAAAGAACAGGGUCAACAUGUAUCAAAUCAGAAAACAGUGCAGAAUAACAUAAUCACCGAAUCUCAUUCUGGUAACUAGAAGGGAUUGCCAUCCUCUAGAUUGGCCACAACAUGACGAUCGAUGAAAUCUGGUUUUCAAAGUAUUAAAGCAAGCAUUGAGGCUAAAAGGUUUCUUCCCCUACGCCAGAAUCAGGAAGUCAAACUUAUCGUCCUCCAUUUGAGCUCAUCUAAUUCAGAGUCCCUAGAUGAGAUAUUCCAGAGAUUGAAACGACCAUCUGUAGACCAUAGUGAUGAGGACGAAAACGAGAAUGGGGCAGAAAUGAAGGUAACAGUUUCUACAAGAUGAUGGAAUUCAUAUGGAGAAAUAUGGUUUGUCGGCUCUUCAAAGUUGCAGAUAUAAUUGGUGAUACGAAAUGUACAGAAUAUAUUAGCUCUUUGAAUUUUGUUGCGGUCCCGUUAGAUUCGAGGGAAGAAGUUUUUGCUGCAUUUCGGG